UGGGGAUUUUGGGAGAAUUCUGGCUUCAUAGUGUCGUGUGCUAAUACUUCUAAAAUCCUUGAUUCACAGCAGAAUUAAACUAAAUUGUAUCAAUGGUUUCUGGAAAUGGUGUGUAAGGAAGACGUUGUGUCAUGGUUUAAAGAAUUACGUGGUCACAAACGUAUUGAUGUGAUGUGCAGUUUGCUGAAUAUGUGCCUUCCAUUCGAACUGAGGUAUCUUGGCACAUGUCUGGAGGAACUUGGAAAGAGAGAUUUCCAUGAUUUAAGGGAAACAGAAACACGAGCGAAUAACGUCGCCGAGCUUGCGGACUUGCAGUGUAUUAGUGAUAAACGGACACAAAGGAAAUUAACGUUGUACCUAUCUCUUUUACAGUCCUCAAAUCAUGCAUGUUCUAAUGGCCUGUACAAAAUUUUAGCGAGCUUAGAUUUUAGUGAUCUUAAUUUAAAUACGGAAAGUGCUGAUGAAAAUCCUUUUGAUGAACUUUUACUACUGUAUACGUUAGCGGCUAAUCACCCUGCAUUCACCUACGAACAAAAAUCAGUGCUUGUUAAUAUUUUAUUGAAGCUUCAAGACGAAGAAGACAAAAUUUUCGCUGCCAAACAGCCAGUGGGAAUUGGCCUGCUUUACGUGAAGCCUCCAAUCCAGGCCUGCGUCCCUUGCCCGGCAACAGAAGAUCGGCAAGAUGUAAUUAGCCACUGCUCAGGGAUGGCAAUACCCCCCACUCACCCAACAGCUGCUGCUGGUGAUCCAAAAACUCGCAUCGCUAAUGCUGGCAAUAACAGUAGUAGCAGCAGCACUGUUCCUCCUGGAAUGGCUGUGGCCCAUAGUUUGGGCUUGCCACCUCCGGAACAACUGGGCUAUGUACAAGUUGCUGCCUUCCCAUCGCCAGUUGGGAAUAGCACACAUCAGCAACAUAUUCCUUGGCCUCAUCCUGCAGCUGUAGCGCCUGGCCCCAUUGUAGUAUGUGAGAUGCCUGUUGCUCCAGCUACCACUGCUCCCAACCCUGCAGAGUAUCCUCCUUCACCUCUAGUCAGUAGGCAGUCAUCACCCUCCCAGUCAGGAUCUCCUAGUCGUGCUGGAUCACCUGCAGCUCCACCAGCCCCCUCUCGUCCUGCAACAGUAGAGAGGAUACCUGGUAGCAGCAGUAAUGGCACUACCGGAUUCAAGGGUCCUCCUGUACAACGAAGAGCACGGUCCAAUUGUGCACCUGAACCCUUGCCGCUGCAGAGGAACUUGUCACGAAAGGGUAGUGUUGAACCACCAGAUGGUGUCUGGGAGUCCUUUACCAAAGAAAUACCAGGCAUUGUCAAGAAGUACACUCCUGAAGAGCUCAAACAGAAAUGUGAUGAAGAACUAAAGGAAAUGGGAAUUCCAUCUGCAGCUAUAUCAGAGCUCCGUGCUGUUCUGACAAAGUUAAGUAAUACAAAUGGCUUAAGUAACUUGGAAAGGAGAGGCGAUCUGACAUCCUCCAGCAACAGGAGAAAGCCAGAGUCCAUGGACAGUGAGGUACCUGGGGAACGGAAAGGUGUGCAGCAACCACCACAACAGCAGCUGCCACCACAACAGCAACAUCAACACCAACAUGCAUUAAGACGAUGGGAAGGAGCUCCUGUGAUGUAUCCUCCUCAACCAUUGGUGCAUGGUCCAUCUCCUUGCCUGACAUGUUUUGUGCCAAUGACGUCGACAGCAAGGUUUCAGCAACAACAACUGCAUCAGCAUCAUCCAGGGCCUAUGUACUGCAUGGCUCAUAAAUUGCAGACUUUGGUCCUUGAAGAUGGACAUGGCCGAUCUGGUGGUAGUAGUGGUGGUGGGACAUCUGACAGCUCUAGCAAUGGGCAUUCACCACCUGACACACCAUCAGCACCUAAUGCACCUCACUGGGAUCGCAGGAAUGCAUUGUUCACAGGUUAUCCAGGCAAAGAUGUGGGAGUUGCAGAAAGGUGGAGUCCUGGUUGUGAAGACCGUUCUGAAAAGGAUCAACGAAGGCCUCAGCUUGUAGAGUCAGACAAAACAGAUAUGCCUGAAAUAGUUCCUGUGGUUACGGGACCUGUGGGUGGCCGAAGGCCAGGAGGUGUUGGACGCGGAAAAACCUCGAACCCCCCUGGUUUACAAACGUUACCCAGAGGCCGUGGACCAAGUGCCGUUGUGCCUGAAAAAGGACUGCCUGGUGCAAGACAGCCACGUCCCAGUGAUGGAAGCGGAGUCAGUAUAGGUCCGCAGCAACAACAACCACAACAGCAGCCUCAACAACAACAGCAGCAGCAGCAACAGCCCCAGCAACAGCAGCAGCCACCUCAGCAGCAACCUGGGCAGCCGCCUCUACAGGAUAAUCGCAAAGUCUUCACUGUACCAGCAGUCACUGCUGCAGAUGUUGUUCAUGUGGCUCCAUACCCUCCCAGCACUAGUCCGCAGUACCUCCCAAAUGGUGCAUCAAGAGUGCCAGAUGCAACGACUGGUGCUGUGCCCUACCAGCCAGCUGCUGGUGCAACAACUGCCGGUUUUGUGCCAACUGGCCACUUUGCAGGCCUUCACAGGUCUGGAACUGUGUUCCCAGGAUUCAGCAGCUACUCAUUAAGACCGACAUUUCCAUUCUCGCACAAUGGUGAGCUGGUGUAUCAGUAUCAUGGACCUCAGACGCCGCCACCUCCUCCACCACACCCCACAACGUUUCUUCCAACUCCAGUUGUGUACUCCAGUGUCAUGCCACCACCCAAAGUAUCCUGUUACAACUGUGGAAGCCAAAACCACCAUGCAGCUGACUGCAAAGAGGCUACGAUAGAGGAGAUAACUAAACCAAGCCAGUAUCGUCUGGAUUAUGCUCCAUAUCAGAAACAAGCUGAAUGUUCGACUGAGAAGUGACCCUCACGGCACAAGCUGGUACAGGCGUUUUCUCCUGGUGAGUCCUGUCACACAUACCCACGUCACCUGCGCUCUUACUUGUACUGGCGGCUUCUACAUGCUGUGCGCUCAAAGGGUAGGAACAGUUCCUAAAAUUUUCAAAGAGCUGCACCCUACUCCAUUCAUGGAAAGUGUGUCUUUUUGAAGUUGUGUGAUUCACAGCAAUUCGAUUAAAAUUGCUUCCAUGAUCGAUAGCUCGGGGGAAUGAUCACGUCCUUUUGAACCCCAUUGUAUUGUAAUAUAUUAAAGAUGCUGUACAAAUGUUUGUGUAAAUGUAAAGUAUCAGUUACCACGGCAUAUGAAAUGUCAGUCACUUUUUUAUUCUAUUUUUGUUUCAAUGCCAACUGAAAAUGUGUGCAUCCAGUACCAACCAUGUUCCAGAGAACCUGAAAAACCUGUGUGUAUCUAUAAGUAGGUGGAAAUGGAAAACUGUCCAUUUUGAUUAUUUUUAUUGUUUGUCAUCUAGAAGGUGUAAAGUUCAGUGGAUUACUUUAGAUAACCAUUGAAGGCGUAGAAUUGCUCUUUUGUCUCCCCUGUGAUUAAAGAUUAUUGUAAAAUGUAUUUCUUAUUUUUUAACUGUGUUAUUUCGUACAGUUUUAUUAUGCCUAGGCAGUUUAACAAUGGCAUUUUUACUAUUCUGCUGAAAAAAUACAUUAUUUUUAAAUCGUACAAUAGUAGUUUGUACGAAAAAUAUUUGACAUUUAUUAUUUUGAAUUUUAUUUUGUAAUCAAGUAUGGCUCUGAAUUUUGUGAUACUAUGAAUUAUUGUAUGAAAUAGUAAUUUAUUGUUACAGUGUAAAAUUUCUGUACAAAUUCACUGAAUGGCAGUCCACAAUUUGUGUUGUUAACAUCUCCACACUCAAACAAAAUGAACUACAUACAUCAGUGCCACAGAUAUGACAGGCCAUUAUGAGCUGAUCAUUCUAGUGCCGUGCCUUUUGGUAACGUAAUUUUGAUUCAGUAGAUGCAUCACAGACUACUGUUUAGUCCAUGUAACAUGUAUGUGUGAUAUAGAUCAAAACCUUGUUUUAGUUAUAGAUUCUAUUUAUUUAUUAAAAAUUAUUUAAGUCCAUUGUAAAGUGUUGCUUGGUGUACUGUACAAAACAAAAAAAGUAUUGUUUUAUAAUUUAAAUUGUUGAUUGUGAAACUGUAUGAGAAGGGACUGGCAAUAAUUGUUAUUGAUAUUAACUUCCAUUUAUAUAUAUGUCAUGCAGCAGUUUGUUGUAUCGUUGGUACUUGGAUGCAUUGUGUGUAAUUUAUGGGCUAGCUGUGCCUCUUGUACAUAACAAAAAUGUAAAAAUGCAAACUAGUGUAAGAUUGUUUUUGAAUAAUGUGAUCUGUACAUACAUAUACAAAUUAUAUAUAUAUAUUAUAUUAUAAAUAUAUGCAGUUAUGUCAUAAAAAUUGAAAUAUAUUUGUAAAUUCAGUUGUAAUGAAUGCAUUGAAACAUUUUA